UAUUGUAGUGGGCUGUAAUUCUGUGGUGCGAUCUGUUUUCAUAGGAUUGCUGUAAUUUAUGACAUGUUUAGAUUAUAAAUUUCGUCUAGCACGCCCUGGACGUUUUCUUACAGCCCGUAGGUCUUUCAUUAGUUUUAGUCUAGUUUCUCUUUAUCUCUCUUGUGCAUUUUCGUUUGCUAAUAUUUCUACUUAUAAUUCAAGUUGCUGUUGCACUGAGAUUAUGAGAUGUGUCUUUGUAGAUGUCAAAGAUGGCAGCUGAACCUGUAAGUCACCCGUACUGGCCCAGAGACCUGUCCAUCCCAAACUACACAGAAAAUGAGCGCUCCAUGUUGGAGAUUGUCACGUUCCUGUUCUCUGUGUCAGGACUGUUGAUGUUGUUAGCCUGGACUCUGACAGGAGGAGGACAUUUGGGCGUCUGGAGAAGGUUAGCGCUGUGCUGGUUUACUGUCUGUGGCUUCAUCCAUGGUGUCAUUGAGGGCUGGUUCUCUCUCUACUACACCAUCAUUCCAGCAGACCAGAGCUUCCUUUCUCAACUUUGGAAGGAAUAUUCAAAAGGUGACAGCAGAUAUGUCAUAGCUGAUAAUUUCACAGUGUGUAUGGAGACGGUGACUGCAUGUCUAUGGGGACCUUUCAGUCUAUGGAUUGUUGUGGCCUUUUUGUACAAUCAUUCCUACAGAUAUGUUCUGCAGCUAAUUGUAUCUCUAGGGCAGCUUUAUGGAGCAGUGCUCUACUUCUUCACUGAACACAGAGAUGGUUAUAUGCACAGCGAGUAUGGACACCCCAUCUAUUUCUGGUUCUACUUUGUCUUCAUGAAUGUCCUAUGGAUCAUUGUCCCUUUUAUUCUUAUUCUGGACUCGUGGUUCCAGUUGAGUAACACCCAAGCCUUGGCAGACAAAACAGUUCCCAAACGAAAGAUGAAAUAGAUGGGGAAGAAAGUUUUGGAAAGGGAAUACAUUACUGUGCACUGUCUUAGGUGACAUUUGAAUAUAAUUGUGGUUUAUAGUAAUUUUACAUUAUAUUCAUAACACUAUUUAGGUAUACACAACCACACUGUACAAUAAUUUUUUGCUUUCAUGAGAUUAAACCUAAAUUUAAUUUUACCUA